AACUAUUUUCAUGAGGUCCUAUAUACCACACACAUACACUGAUACACCCAUCCUUUAUACACUGGUGCAUGUAGCCUUGCUCUAGCUGACUUGCUCCUUUAUUGUUUGUUUCCUCUUUCUUUUAUAAAGUCCUUUCUUUAUUGUGGUUACAAGAUGAUUGGUAUUCACUUCCAGUCAUUAGUUCUAUUUAUUAGCCGUAGCUCUGACCUGAUCUACUAUUUGGUUUUACUUCUCCUCCUCCUCUUAUCAGGAGAUGUUGAACUUAAUCCUGGUCCUAUGAUUGAUGAUAAACCAAACAGUCACUUAUUUGCAAAAUAUCUAGAACCACUUAAUGAUUGGGAAUUAUUUGCCCUUUGUCUUCCUGGAAUAACAAAAACUCAUGUUAACACUAUCGGUAAAAAGAAAAAAAAUCCAGAUUCCAAGAGCUUGAAAAUAGCUUUACAUCAGAUAUGGUUACAAGUUAAUCCUACAGCAUCAUGGAGAGAUGUCAUUAAUGCUUUGAAACAAUGUAAAGAGAAUGAACUAGCUGGAACUAUUGAAGACAAAGUGACAAAUCCUACUGAUGAAGUUGUAACAGAUAAUCUAAAGGAUAUAUUGAGGACUCAUUCUGAUAAACUUACUCACAGUAUUUCUACUGACUUUUCAAAAACAGCUAGUGCACUGUAUGCUAAAAAACUGAUACCAGAGAGUACUAAAGAGCACAUAUUUAUACCAGGAAUUAGUGAUUUUGAUAAAGCUGCUAAACUUGUGACUGUCAUUGGGCACCAAUUAUCCUCUGAUAAUCCAGAGCAGUAUCUCAUUAAUGUAUGUCAUGUAUUAAUGGACCAAAAAAAUCCAGCCCUAACAAAAAAUGCUAACUCUAUAUUACACCAGUUAGGCCAGUCUAUACCUGAUAAUGGCACAACAGCAGAGCACGGGACUAUACCAGUUGCUGAAAUAGUACAAGAUGACUCAGUGAACAGAGUUGGGUAUGUCUCCCAUGAAAUAGAGAAAAAGGAUCUCAAGCCUGGUGAUCAUAUCUAUACUCAUAGAACACUAUACCUUCAUAGUCAUCACAGUAUUUAUGUUGGUGAACCUGAUUGUGAAGUGAUUCACUUCAGUGGUGAUGCAACUGGGUCACUAAGAAAUAAGGUCGGCUCACUUUGUCAAGUAAGAAAAACUACCCUUAGUGACGUUUGUGAUGGCAAUACACUCCGUUUGGUGGCAUAUAAUUGCAGUGCAUUUAAAAAAGCUGCUGUCUUAGUUAGAUGUUCCUGUCAUGUGAUAAAAGCAAUGCCUCCUUCAGAAACUGUUAAGGUCGCUAAACAUUUUCUUUCUAAUCCAAAGAAGUUUGGUGAAUAUGACAUAUCAAAUAACAACAGUGAAACAUUUGCCUGCUUCUGUAAAACAGGUCUGAUGGAUAUUGGAACACAACUUCAUCCACUUACUAGGAACCUGUUAACCGAGUGGUGGAAGGGAGCGCCAUGCACUACAUACAAAGAAGCAAUGAAAAACUUCAUUGAAAAACGAAAUGCUAAAGCAUAGCUUAGAACAAAUUAUAAAUGUAGAUAGGUGAAAUUAUAAAACUCUUUUCAAUUUAGAAUCAUUAGUUAUAGUUAGAUAUUAUAUACUUGCUAUAUACUGUAUACAUUGUAUUACUGCUAUUACAAUAUACACUGCUGCCAUUCUAAUACUUUAUGCUGAAUUAGUGUUUUGAAAAAAUU